AAUACAAUUGAUUUUUUGAGAUUUCUUUAAAUUUUUUUGCCAAUUCAAUUAUGAGAUUUAAAAACAUUAAAUUGAAUAUUUUUUUUCCUGUUUUUUUAAGAAAUUAAUAUUUUUUAACGAAACAAAUAAAUUUCUAAAAAAAAAACCCUAGAAUUGAUUUGAUGAUUUUGUAAUUUUAAAGUCUUGGCGAAUUUUUGGGAGUGAGUGUGAUGUGAGUGACUUCAGUAGUUGAGUUGAGAGGAUGAGAGUUGAGACAUGUCGUUUAACGAAUAGAUGUCGCUGAUGGGAUAGCCGAAGCGCACGCGCAUGCAUAAGAUGCCAUCUUUCAAACGCGGCACAUGACGGCGGGUACUUACUUGAAAGAGUCUUAGGUAACACUUGUAUAAAUACUCAAUGCAGCGCAAUAGGCCGCUUUGCGUUCUCUCAAACUCUACUGCUCCUCUUUCUUGGGAUCACUCUGCUUCAACAAACAUAAUCUAAGAUUAUCGUCUCCGUCCUAUGGAUCCAGCAAUUCUCAAUAGCGAAGCAGCUGCCCCCAGAAAGAGGAGAUUUAUACCAAAAGCACCCCCUCGCCGGAUACCAAAACCUGAAGUUAAAACCGAAGCAGUCGAGGACAAUGAUGCUGACCAGGCUAGAGAUUUGUUGAGACGCUUCAAUGAAAAUUCAACAAGGGCAAGGCCUAAAGUUGAAAAGAAAGUGACAGCUUCGCGAAUUGCAUUUGGUUAUGGUGGUGCAUCAACUACCAUUAAAUCAUAUGGUGCUCCUAAGGGUGGUAGCAACAAUCAUCAAGGUUCAGCUUCCAAUGGUGGGACAUUUCCACCGAAUAGUCUAGAGGAGAAAGAGUACAAAGAGCCAUGGGAUUACUACAGCUAUUACCCUGCAACUCUUCCAUUGAGGAGGCCAUAUUCUGGAAAUCCAGAAUUUCUUGAUGAGGAGGAGUUUGGGGAAGAUCCUGAAACCAUAACCUAUGAAGAAAGUUCAGAUAGAUCAGCAAUGGAACUUGGUCUAAUGGAGGAAAAUCCAGAAACUAGUAUGCUCUUUCUUCAGUUACCGCCAACCAUGCCUCUGAUGAAACAAUUAGCUCCCAAUGAUGGCCAAUCAGUAACUGAAAGCUUACGUGCACCUACGGCUGCGAACACUGUCCAGAAGUCCUGUGCUUUGAACGAGUUACCUGCCGGCUUAGUGGGUAAAAUGCUUGUGUACAGAAGUGGUGCCAUCAAGCUGAAGAUUGGUGAUACUCUUUAUGAUGUCUCCUCAGGUAUGGAUUGUGUUUUUUCUCAGGAUGUUGUGGCUAUUAAUAAUGCUGAGAAGCACUGUUGCAUUGUUGGGGAGCUCAACAAGCGAGCCGUCGUAACCCCUGACAUAAAAUCCAUUUUAGACAGUAUAGAUGAUUUGUGAUUGUUGCUGCUCAUUUCCGACACAAUUUUGGCUUAUAUAUGAUUCAUUAAAAAGUAUUCUUUUAUAUGAAAAUUAUAGGAGUUCAAAUUACUUUCCUUAAGCUUCUAUUUCGUUUGAAAGAGAGAACAUAGAUGAGAGGUUCCAAUGUAAAGGCAAAAUGGUUUUCAUUUAACAUGUAUUUGCUGCGAGAAUUCCUGUUGCAUCAAAAUAUUAUUCGGUUGUUAUUCAUGCCCUUUUUAAUAAAUGUCAAAUUUUGAGAUUA